UUCUCGGCUCUCGCAUGUUGUUUUCCCCAUUAUUUUUUUAUUUUUCCAAACAAGAAAAUUAUUGUUUACGUGCCGUAAUUUAUAACAUGAUAAAAUGUCAGCUAAAGCAAUUGAUAUUGGAUUCUUAGAAGAAAAAAGUGCUUGGCAGCUGCAUCCUCGUUUUUUUCCUAGCAAAGUUGGUGGUAAGCCAGCAUGGUUAGAUUUAAAUAACUUACCUAAUCCAUCGGAAUUAACAUGCAGUAAAUGUGAAAACCCUCUUAUAUUUUUGUGUCAGGUUUAUGCUCCGUACGAAGAUAGAGAAGACUGCUUUCAUCGAACGUUAUUUAUAUUCAUCUGUAGAAAUGGCUCCUGUUGUCAACCAAAUAGUGCAAAUAACAUAAAAGUGUUUCGUAGUCAACUGGCUCGUAGAAAUGAUUACUAUUCUUAUGAACCAUAUAAAGAAAUAGAAUCUGAGGUAUUUCCUAUGGAGAAAUGGUCUAAACACUGCAUACUGUGCGGCAAUAAAGCACCAUCUCAUUGCUCAAAAUGUAAGAAAGUUUACUAUUGCAGUAGAAAACAUCAAAUUCUAGAUUGGCAGAAGGGGCAUAAAGAAAAAUGUGAAGACAUUCAACAGGGUAAGGAAAAUGUAGCUAGUCAUUUUACAGUGACCGAAACCGGAAAGUCGGUUUUAUUUAAGGAAUGGGAACUAAUAGUGGACGAAGAGGAUGAUGAAGACCCAGCAGAAGUAAAUGUAGACAAUGAAAUGGAUAAAUUAAAAAAGAUGAUUGCAGAGAAAAAAGCUGGAACAUUGAGUAAUGUAAGCGAAGCUGAGUUGGAGCAGUAUGCUAAACCUAUACCAGAGGACAAAGUUUUUAAUAAAUUUUCUAAAAGGGUUGCAAGGCACCCAGACCAAGUGUUGAGGUACGACAAGGGUGGUGUUCCACUGUGGAUCACCAGUGACAAAAGCAACAGUAUAGUUCAUAUCCCAAACUGUCAAUACUGUGGUGGAGAAAGGCAAUUUGAGUUUCAAAUUAUGCCUCAACUUCUUAAUUACAUCAAUGUUGGAAUUGAGUUUAACAGCAUUGACUGGGGUGUCAUAGUGGUGUACACAUGUAAAACUAGCUGUAACGGAGAACCUGCAUAUAAAGAAGAAUAUGUAAUCAAACAAGAUUUAAGUAACUAAUGUUUUGUUAUUACCUAAAAUAAACAUUAUCAUAAUUUUGUA